AUGGCGCCCCACCAGCGGGUGCUGCUCCUGUUCCCACUCGUCUUCUUCCUCCUCCUCCUCGCCCCGCACCGCGCCGACGCGUGGGGCAAGGAGGGCCACAUCAUGGUCUGCAAGAUCGCCGAGAAGUACCUGUCGGAGAAGGCGGCGGCGGCGGUGCAGGCGCUGCUGCCGGAGUCGGCGGGCGGGGAGCUGUCGACGAUGUGCCCGUGGGCGGACACGGUGCGCUGGCACUACCACUGGGCCAGCCCGCUCCACUACGCCAGCACACCCCAAGUCUGCAACUUCAAGUAUUCUCAUAACCUGACGGAGAGCCUGAUGUUCCUGGCACAUUUCGUCGGCGACGUCCACCAGCCACUGCAUGUAAGCUUUGAAGAUGACGAAGGCGGGAACACGAUCACCGUCCACUGGUACCGGAGGAAAGCAAACCUCCAUCACGUGUGGGAUGUCAGCAUUAUAGAUACGGCAAUCAAGGACUUCUACAACAAGAGCAUGGAUACCAUGAUAGAGACUCUCAAGAUGAACCUUACAGGUGGAUGGUCUGACGAUAUUACUCACUGGGAAAAUUGUGAGAACAAACACGCCACCUGUGCAAAUGACUAUGCAAUUGAGAGCAUUCAUUAUUCCUGCAACUAUGCCUACAAAGAUGUGGAGCAAGGUAUUACUCUAGGAGAUGAUUAUUUUUUCACUAGAUACCCGAUUGUGGAGAAGAGAUUAGCACAGGCUGGAAUCAGAUUGGCGUUGAUACUUAAUCGGAUAUUUGAUGGGGAUAAAGCAGAUGAUAUACUCCUUCGAGUACAGUAA